CCACUUUACAUCUUUUUAUCCUUGCUCACUAGAUUCAAAUAGUACCCCACGCCGUAUCUCCGACAAUUACGCACUAGAUUUUUUGUUGAACGGUCCGAGGCUGAACAAAACCGCGUCUCGGGCUGAGUAGGAUGCAUGAUGCGUACAGCGGUGCAGCAGCUCAGAGCUUGUGCAGCCCGGUGGUGAGACGGAGAGGCUGUUCAGGCACCAUCACCGGCGGAGCGAUACCACCAUCUCCUCUCAGCCCCGGUUUGUAAAACUGAGAGUGUGUGGCUCACUGUACCUGAGCGAAUGUGCCCGUCUUGUACAAUCGAAAAGGGGGGCAGAGGAUCACAACUAAACCAAGGGACCUGUCUCUAAUGCUCUGAAAUGCAGAGCCAUAUCGCCCUCGCCUCAAGAAUUAUCUCCCUGCGCUGGCUGCUGCGGUUGUUUUGCAACUGAUGAAGAUUUUCAUUUUCAUUUUGAUGCGCUUCUGUGGAUGUCUUUGAAUAUGUUUAUUCUGGUGCUCUGUUGUAGUGCGUGAGUUAUCGUCGGCACUGGCGAGCCGGAGCUGUUGUCGGGGCUCGUUGACAUGCAUUCCCCCUGAGCUCAGCGACGCCUCCCUCGGUGGUGUGGUGUCAGGAUGCCAGUGCAGGCGGCCCAGUGGACAGAGUUCCUGUCCUGUCCCAUCUGCUACAAUGAGUUUGACAGCAGCGGCCACCAGCCCAUCAGCCUGGGCUGUUCCCACACUGUGUGUAAGACCUGCCUACACAAACUGCACCGCAAGGCCUGCCCCUUUGAUCAGACGCCAAUCAGCACCGAUAUCGACCUGCUGCCAGUCAACUGUGCCCUGCUGCAGCUGGUUGGUGCUCAGGUCCCAGAUGUGCAGCUCGUGAGCCUGAGCAGUGCAGCAGAAGUUGAGAACUACGAGGUGUGCAAGGUGUGCGUGGAAGAGCUGGCUCUUUACCUAAAACCUAUCAGCGGAGCAAAAGAGCUGUCACCAUUUGCAGGUGUGGCGAAUCUGAGUCCGAGCGUGCUCAGCCGGCCAAUGCAGAGGAAGCUGGUGACCUUGGUGAACUGCCAGCUGGUGGAGGAGGAGGGCCGUGUGCGGGCAGUGCGGGCAGGCCGGUCGCUGGGGGAACGAACGGUAACCGAGCUCAUCCUGCAACACCAGAACCCCCAGCAGCUCUCUGCCAACCUGUGGGCAGCAGUGAGAGCGCGGGGCUGCCAGUUCCUGGGACCUGCUAUGCAAGAAGAUGCUCUGAAGCUAGUUUUACUGGCUCUGGAGGACGGCUCAGCUUUGUCCAGGAAGGUGUUGGUAUUGUUCGUAGUCCAAAAACUAGAAGCUCGGUUCCCCCAGGCCUCCAAAACCAGCAUAGGGCACGUGGUGCAGCUUCUCUACAGGGCUUCCUGCUUCAAGGUGACUAAGCGUGAUGAAGACUCCUCACUGAUGCAGCUGAAAGAAGAGUUUCGAACGUAUGAAGCUCUGCGGAGAGAGCAUGACGCUCAGAUCGUCCACAUCGCCAUGGAGGCGGGCCUACGAAUUUCACCUGAGCAGUGGUCUUCUCUGCUGUAUGGAGACCUGGUCCACAAGUCACAUAUGCAGUCUAUUAUUGACAAGUUGCAGUCUCCAGAGUCAUUUGCAAAGAGCGUUCAGGAGCUGACGAUCGUUUUGCAGAGGACGGGAGACCCGGCCAACCUCACCAGCCUUAGACCACACCUAGAGCUACUAGCCAACAUAGACCACAACCCAGAUGCCCCGGCACCAUCAUGGGAGGAGUUGGAAAGUGUGAUGCUGGCUGUGAAGAUGGUGGUUCAUGGGCUAGUGGAAUUCAUACAGAACUUUAGCAAGAAGAGCCACGAUGCUCCCCAGCCUCAGGCCAACAGCAAGUACAAGACCAGCAUGUGCCGAGACCUUCGUCAGCAGGGAGGCUGUCCCAGAGGAACCAACUGUACAUUUGCACACACACAGGAUGAGCUGGAGAAAUUUAGACUGAGAAACAAGAAGAGCAGCGGCGUAGGCUGUGCCUUCCCAUUAGCACCUGGGGUUAUGGGUAAAACCUUCACCAUGGAGGGCAGCAUCCACUCAGAUGUGUCCGCAGGCAUGGGGCAGGGGCUCAAUGGCACAGGGGAGAACACCGACUCCCUGACAGAGGGAAUGCCCGGCCUGACUCACCCCCAACUGAUCUCCAGAGGAGCUGACAUGAUGGAGGAAAUGAAUAGAACGGUGCCAAAUGAAUCCAAUGAUGCUAAAGGUUCCAACGGGUUAACCACCAGAAACUCAUCAGGGUCCACUGAACAGAAGUCCAUCUCACCUCCCAGGACUCCAGUCAGCCACUCUUCAGCAUCGUCUCCCUUGACAACGGUUGGGCGGGUUGAUGCUGGAACUCUUAUGCCCAAACAUGGUCAGUUCAUGCUGCGUGCACCACAUCCUUCUCAGGCGUCGGAGCUGUACUAUCAGGAGCCCCACUCUGCAUACGAGUCACCUCAUUAUCAACCAAACUCAGGUUCCUACUACCAAUCAUCUCUCCAUCCUCCUCACAAACCCUGCAUGGCUCGCUUUCUUCGAUCCACCAACGUCCCAGAAUCCUCUCUGCCACCCUCGAUUGGCCCUCCAUCAUCUUCCUACCCCAGUGACCCUCAAGCACAACACCCACCUUCCUCCUCUUCAUCGGGGUACCCACCACACCUGCCUAGAGAUCGGAUGGGACCUACUGCCUUCCAUCACCACCCGGGGCAGCCUCAGUAUGGCCCUCUGGCUCCAGCUCAUGGUGUUUAUGCUCCCCUCUAUGACAGCAGGAGAGUAUGGAGGCCUCAGCUGUACCACAGAGAGGAUGCCCGGAGUAAUUCUCUGCCUCCAGAGGUGCUGCAUUCCUCUGUCUACCAGCCUCCACUCAGGGAGAGAUUCAACUCUCUGGACAGCAACUACUGCUCCGGAGCUGAACACCGCACAGGGCUACACAGGGAUUAUGGCCGUGUACCUCUCGGCUACGAGGAUCUGUUCAGAAGGAAGCAGGAACAGUGGGCUCAUCAUCACCACCAUCACAACGCCAACCGGCCCUCCCAGUCCUCCCCCAUCUUCACCAUUGAUUUUGGAAGUGAGCGUGUGGAGGGCAGUGGAGGCCAGUGUGUGGGGUGCAGGUUCAGAGGCGAGGAAAGUUUAGCGCACUACUCUCCGUGGUCCUGUGGUACCAUCGGCCCCUGCCUCGGCUCCUUUGAGCCUGAAACACUCACACACACCUCGGCUCACUCCUGCUCAGAGCACUCGGAGUCGGACAGCAAUGCAGCCGGAGGUGGUGGCGGAGGUGGAGGCGGUGGUAGCAGCGGUGGUGUCGGGAAGCGAUGGCUGCAAUCCUUGGAUCACUACCGGCGCUUGAAAGACGAGGACCCGAUCAUUCCCUUUAGUGAGGGGCCCAUUAUCUCCAAGUGGGGUGCCAUAUCCAGGGCAUCUCGCACAGGCUACCACACUACCGAUCCUAUCCAAGCCACAGCCUGCCAGGGCAGUGCCAACACCACACCCAUCAACUUCAAAGAUUACAACCACCACUUAGAUCACAGUGACUACAGGUGGAGCUCCAGAGGAUCAGACUCUUCCAGCCACUCCAGUUUCCUAGAGAGUGAGCAGCUUUGUGCGUCAGAACUUCACUGCUGUCGAACCUCAAUAAGCAGCGGAGAGAAAAUCGUGUCUGAUCUGCAAGUCUGUCAGACCGCCUACAGCCGGGAUCGGGGCCAGGGCGAGAGCGAACCGGACCCAGAUCGAGACAUCGAGCUCGAACUGUGCGCUCUUGACUUGGAGGAUUCAGACCACCAGGACAGUCAAGUCUCCGGUUGGUAUAAUGAUGAGUCUUUAGACCUGGUCACCCCACAGUCUCAGGAUGCUUCCCAUCUCCGGCCACCACCCUGCUCCUCUCCCCUCCUCUCUUCUCCUGUGGAGGAGCAGCCCCAAACAGAGGGUUUUUCGACAGAAAAGAUAGAUUCUCACCUGCUUAAAAAGAUGGCCUUCAGGAAGUCUCUGUCUCCUGGAGGGUUAGUCUCAGGAGGUCUGGGCGUUGGCAAGCUUGUGCUGCGGACUGGACCUCCUCGCCUGGGGGACACUUCCACCCGGGCUUGUCCUAAAAUGCCCGGAACAGAGAUGCUACUCAAUGGAAGCUAAAAGGACACAAAGUCAGACAAUGACCUGCGGCAAGCUAGAGCUAAGCCUACAACCAGAUCCUGGUUAAAGGGAAUACCGUUUGAUUUGAGCCUUUAUAUAUGUCAAUUAGAUGCCUAAAUAAGGGUUGACAGAUAUGGGUCAACAGUCUGUGCUGCGCCACGUUGUAAGGGGCAAGGGAAAACACAUUGUCCUGCCACCUGAGUGGAGAUUUUCACCAAUGUAUAGCGCCACAGAGAAUUUAGUGAUAUAUUAGUAGAUGCUGAACUUGCGUCCAUGUUUGCUGUUUCAAUCUCCGGUCACAUUUAGAAGAAGGGCUGGAGAUCUUACACCAUCUACACCACAUGGUUGCUCAAUUUACAUGACAUUACACUCCUGAUGUUUAAACAUCAUCUAGUCAGCAUUCAUCAUGGCUGACAAAGACACAUUUAUGUUCGAAAGGCCUUUUUUCACAUCAUUUCACAUGGUCCAUCACACAGCAAAAGCCUACACAGUAGGUGCCCCUUUUCUUUGUUAAUAUUUUCCUUUAUUUAUUCUGCAUGUUUUAUACGUAGUGUGAAUUGACAGCAGGGACUGAAAUUUCCACAUUUCUUACCAAAUUCUGCAUUUCUCUCAAAACUGAGGUUCAGUAUCUGUGAUAGUAAAUAUUACAACAUCAAGUAAUUUGCUACAGUAAAUCAUCAUUUAUUUUAUUAAAGUUAUAAAUAUAUUUUACUGUAUGUAAUUGCUCUUUUGCUUUUGUCUGUUUCCUCCAAGACAGGCACUGGUUUAGAGACACGUAGCUAUCAAAAGGUACAUUUAACAAAAGAGUGAUUAUUUAUCACUUUUUGUAACCUUUGAAUAUCUGACAAUAAUUGUUCAAGUUGUGUAAUCUCUUUACAUGUCAAGGCAUUUGUUUCCGUAAGCUGCCAUACAUGGUAAUGCCCUCACCCAGCUCAGUGCUCCUGAUGUAUAGCCUUUGUUGUAUUGCUGCAUAACACAUUUUUUUUAUAAGUAUUCUCUGAAAAAUCAAGAGAUAGAGGUAAUAAUACUGAGAAUAAAAAAAGGGGCAAUGAAUUGUUAAUGAUCAUUGAAAUCAGUGCAAGCCAAAUAAUCACUGAAUGUGAGAAGGGAUGACAACAAAACAAAGUUAUGUAAACACGUUUCAGUCCGUACCAUACUACCUUCAUUAAAGGUGACUUGUACUGCAUAACUAAAGAAUACCAAUUACCACGUUUGGUACAGAAAUAGUAUUUCCAGCUGUAGAUGUUAGCUAAUUUAGUAGAUUUCUAUACGAGCCACAUUAAUCAAUCUUGAAAACUAUUGUUUCAUCUUUGUUUGCCUGUAGCCUUUAUCUCACUGGUCUCUCUCUCUCUCUCUCGCGCACACAUGCAAACAUACACACACACACACACACACACAAACAUGAACACAAACAUGCAAUACAGUGGCCUUUCUCUUUUUGGUGUUAUACAGACCUACCCAUUAGGCUCUACAAUGACUUUUGUCCAUGCCCACUGACAGAAUCCUGUCAUGUUUCAGAGGUGUUAUCUUUCAUGUGAUCUCAGAAACUGGAAAUCCCAUUUUUGUAAGCUAAUGGCAUUUUCUGUGCUUUCCAGUCCGGUCACCUUUAUGUACAAUGUACAGUAAACAAUAUUCAUGCAUGAUGUUUCAAUCUGAAGCCUACAUUAGUGAGGGACACCACUUCUUGUGUUUCAUCACGCUGUAUCUUUGUUUAACUUUUUUUAAUUUCAUUUUUAUUUUUUAAAUUUUUGUUUCUUUUUAUUUGAUGCAUUGCUAACUUCUGUGAAGUUGUUUGUCGGGGUAUUUUGUACGACGAUUGUUGUUACUCUGGUUUUGUUUGCUAUAUUGUACAUCACAGUAAAUUGAUCGUAUUGUCUAAUGUUUUCCCUGUUUUCCGGCCAUCAGAAGUGCCGUCAUCAGUACGCUGUCUAGUACACUGUCAUUUUGUGCAGUGUUUGGCGUGUUGGCGAUUUCCAUACAGCCCAGCCUUGCCUCACUCCCUUUUAUACAGUAGAUAUGAGGCAUCUUACCAUGUGUGGCUCUUAAUGACUUUAAAAAAAAGUGUGAAAAUAUUAACCCAUUUUACAGGAUUUAAAGUCAUGAGUUUGUUUACACCCUAUUCUAAAUCUUAUUAGAUUUGUGUAGAAUGAGAAGAGGAGGGCUGACUAAUAUUUUAUUCUUUCCAGGUUCCUCUUUCAUUUCCUCUCACUUAAAAUACUGUAACUUAAAAAAAAUUUCCUCCAGAUUAAAAUAAAAAUUAAAUUUUUAGGGGAAAUGCCCGAAUGGGGUAGUGUGAAGAUAUUUUUUAACCCAAUUAAAUGAAAUGGGAUGGAAACCUUUUUUGGGGGUUCUCUCUUAUCUUCCACCCAACAUAUGCUGGGAGAAGCAGGGAGACAAAGUGAAGAAUCGGACGAAACAAUUCAGUGUAAUACUCUUUUGGAAACUCUCCAAAUGUUUUGUAGGGUUUGUUUCUGAGAUGAAAAGUUAAGAGCUGGCACAGGGAUGUUGCUCAUGAAAUUAGCUCAGCUACCUACUGUCGCUCUACAUCUGUUUACAACUUCACCUUGGAAGUCAUGUAACGUCAAGUGCCACGUUGUGUACAAUUUUCCUACAUCUUUUCAUAUUCUUCAACUGUAAACUAUUUGAGGAGGGAAAGGCUCAGUCGUGAUACUUCUCGUGUAGUUCUGCUUUUUUUCCAUUAGAGGGGGUAGAUUUUGUCUUUAAUUUCUCAGGGGGAAAACUUAGUUUCUCAGUAGUUUUGGGUUUUUCUAUAUUUAUCACUUUUUAAAAUUCCGUGGGAAAUUUUGCCUUAUUUAAAUUUUGAUAACCCGACCCCUUAAACCCCAAAAAAAAAAUUUGUCAGAGAUUAUUGUUUGCCAGUGUUUAAUUUUUUCCCCCUUUAAAAUUUAAUUUGGCUUUGCUAUUUGGGUUUCCCCCCGGAAAAGGGGUGGGGGCCCAGUACUGUAUGUAAAAACAGUAUUGUGAGUAUACGUCCAAGUGAUUUUCCCUGUUUCCUUUAAAGUAAUUUCCCUUUUUUUUUUUCCCCCCCCGGCCCGCCCGCAGGUGCACUGUGGCCCAACCCCCCCACCACCCCUUUCCUUGCCUCCCGCCCUCAUGCAGGGAGUAUGUCCCCCUUGUGAUGGCGGGGGGUAUGGGUGAUUCUUAUUUUUGAUACAACACAAACCCCCGCUUUAAAGUUCCCGCACAUGCCCACUGUGUGGCCACGUCAAGUGCUGAAGUUCGCUUUUACUUUUAUUGUUUUUUCCAUGAAAAAUUUAAAACUGGUAUAAUAAAAGGGUUAUAUUUUUAUUUUUACAACUUUUUUGUUAAUACCAAUUUUUGGGUUUUUGUGGGAUUUUUUUCCUUUUGGGAUUCUCGGUAAGUCCGCUUGUUUGUUUUGAAUUUGAGAAUUUGGUGACAUUUUUUAUUAGACAAGAAAGUGUCUCAUUAUUCUAUAUUUCAUGG